CAAUAACAAGCUUAUCAGUUACUUCUUGAUGAGUAUUGAGGGUUUUACUUGUAGUUUAGAGCUUGAGGCAUCUCACAUAUAUAAUGAUAUAAUACAGAAAGCAGGAAAUUUGGAUUGCUGCUGUGCUAUUUGUUGAAAACUUGGCUAUGCUGCUGAUGUAAAGAUUAAUUUAUCAAACAUAGAAAGUCUCCAAUCCCCUGUUCUGCCUUCUUUAGCACAGAAGUUUUGGCCACCAUCUCCACUUCUUAGAAACAAAGACAUACAAUACACUUGAGUGUUUGUCUGAAUCUUGAAUCCAGGAAGUAGGAACUUUACUUGCAAUUGACUUUACUUGCUACAACCCCCUCCUCCCAACCCCACCUUGUUAGAUAUUAGUGGACCUACUUUCAAGAUCCAGAAUCCCGACCAAUUGCAUAACCUAACACUUUAAUUCUUGUGUAUAUAGAGUAAAAUGACAACGACUCCAUCUUGUAUUCUUGUGUAUAUAGAGUAAAAUGACUUUUUCUUAUAAGUCCUUUGAUUAUCCAUAUGUCAUUAUGUAAUUGAUCAAGAUGACCCGAUUUCCCUCUUGUUAAUGUUCUGUGAAUGAAAAUAUAUCCUAGUAUCCUGAUGUAUAUAUGGAAUUGGUGGCUUGGUCAACUAAAAAGAUAAAAGGUUGUGGUUAAUUAAUUGAUUGAUUUAGUGGGUUCAUUUUCACUUAAACGACAAAAUAGCUAAAAAUAAGGACUUGCAAUCAACAAUUAGGUUGAGUAGCACAGUUCCACCAACUAAUAUAACUACUCCAUGAUGUUUCUUCUCUCUGCUUUCAUCUCUGCACCAAACUCAGAUUAUACUUUACAUAUUCACACGUUGCAUGGUUUAUUAUUCUACCUUGUUAAUUAAGGCUAAACAGGAAACUAUUAGCAUCAUCUUUCAGCCACCUAGAAUUUCAGAUUACAUAUUACAGCUUUCUUAAGUGAGAUUUGCUUUUUUGCAUCACCUUAAUCGGUAGUCAGUACUUUGUACUACCAAGUUAUUAAUGAGUAAAGACAUGAAGGAACGAAGUGAAAGAUGGAUAAUUCUUCCUUUUUCCUUGGGUUGUUCUUCUCGUUCAAGCGUUGCUGUUGGCUCCCCGAGCCCUACUAAUGAUGCAACUCUAACCAGUAGACAAGGCAGGAUAAAGGAUUCUGCCAUCACCAAGAACUCUCGUAGCUUCAAGCUUCCGAAAUCUAAGUUAUCCCAAGGAAUUCGAAGAUUAAUCCGAAGUCUCAAAUCCGUUUCUAUGUUCUUCGUGUACAAGGAAGAGAUGGAUGACAAAGAAGAGAAAGAACUGGAAAUAGGGUAUCCAACAGACGUGAAGCAUCUAACACACAUUGGAUGGGACGGUUCUACGACAAUUUCUAAUGCCGCGAAAGGCUGGGAGAAUUUGACCCCUUCAGAGAUCAUCUCGUUCCCAUCAAUCUCUUUGAAACAAUUUGAGGCUGCAAUGGCAGAGCAAGCUGCUGGAAACAAACCUGUUUGAUAUCAGUCAUUCUUAAUUUCUUAUGGAAAUCUUCUUUUCUUUUAAAUUAAAGGGAAAAAAAAUCAUUUCUCAAUUUGGUUAAUUAGUGUGAAUUCCAACUAAUUUAGCUCGAGAUUGUAUCAUUGUAUGUAAUACUCGGAUUCGGAACUUAUCAAUCUUUGUGCUUCCUUAUUCAUGUAACCCAAUACCCUCUCAGAAAUUAUGAUGAUUUUGUGUGGCUCCUACAGUCAUACUGCAUUCAUGGCA